CUUGCCGCCAACGCCUCCAACAGCUCCUCCACAAUGAGCCAGCUCUCGAUCGCGGGCGAGCGCGUCUCCGGCCAGGAGGUGCGCACGCAGAACGUGACGGCGGCGCUCUCUGUCGCCAACGUCGUCAAGUCGUCGCUCGGCCCUGUCGGCCUCGACAAGAUGCUGGUUGACGACCUCGGCGAGGUGACCAUCACCAACGAUGGCGCGACCAUCCUGGACCAGCUGGAGGUGGAGCACCCGGCGGCCAAGGUGCUGGUGCAGCUGUCCGAGAUGCAGGACAAGGAGGUCGGCGACGGCACCACCUCGGUCGUCAUCCUCGCCGCCGAGCUGCUCAAGCGCGGCAACGAGCUCAUCAAGGACUCGAUCCACGCGACGUCGGUGAUGGCGGGGUUCCGCCUCGCGAUGAAGGAGUCGAUCAAGUUCAUCCGCGACCAGAUGGUCGUCAAGACGGACAAGCUCGGCCGUGACAUCGCCUUCCAGAUUGCAAAGACGACGCUCUCGUCAAAGAUCUUUGGGCGCGAGUCCGACUUCUUCGCCAACCUGGCGGUGGACGCGAUGGCGAUGGUGAAGGACGUGCACCCCGAGAGCGGCAAGGCGAUCUACCCGAUCAAGUCGGUCGGCAUCCUCAAGCAGCACGGCGGCUCCGCCAGGGACUCGCAGCUGAUCAGCGGGUACGUGCUGCAGGGCGGCCGCGCGGCGCAGGGCAUGCCUCGCUCGGUCAAGGGGGCGAGGAUCGCGUUGCUCGACAUCGACCUGCGCAAGACCAAGAUGGCGAUGGGGGUGAGCGUCGUCGUGACCGACCCCAAGAAGCUCGAGGAGAUCCGCAAGCGCGAGGCGGACAUCACCAAGGAGCGGAUCCAGCUGCUGAUUAACGCCGGGGCGAACGUCAUCCUCACCACCAAGGGCAUCGACGACAUGGCCCUCAAGUACUUUGUCGAGGCGAACUGCAUCGCACUGCGCCGCGACGACCUGCGCCGCAUCGCAAAGCUGACUGGCGGCACGCUCAUGAUCACGCUCGCCGACAUGGAGGGCGAGGAGUCGUUCGACGCGUCGAUGCUCGGCUCUGCGGAGGAGGUGAGCGAGGAGCGCAUCUGCGACGACGACCACCUCGUCAUCUCUGGCGGGAAGACGCAGCGCUGCUGCUCCGCCCUCCUCGUCAUCCCGAAGCAGCUCGCCGUCAACGCCGCGCGCGACGCGACCGACAUCGUCGCAAAGCUCCGCGCAAACCACAACGCCGCGCAGACCGACUCGGCGAAGGCGGAGCUGCGGCGGUACGGCCUCGACUGCGUGAGCGGCAAGAUUCAAAACAACCUGACGGCGGGCAUCAUCGAGCCGGCCCUGUCCAAGGUCAAGAUGAUCCAGUUCGCGACCGAGGCGGCCAUCACCGUGCUGCGCAUCGACGACAUGAUCAAGCUCGCGCCCGAGGAGCAGGGGCAGCCGGGCAUGUAAACAUCACGCGCGGAUUGGGCUGGGCCUCGCGGCUCUGCUCUAUACCACCCGGUGGUCCCGGGUGUGCGGGCAGGCCCCCCACUGCUCAAGAGCCAACGUGCGCGCCACAUCUCUUUAUGUCUGUCUUGUCUAUUCUUGGACUCAUCUCUGGUUACUGGUACGUUCAAAGCGCGGCGCGGAUUGCCC